AUGGCCUCAACGGUGACGCAUAUAUUCAAAUUCAAAAUUCGAGAGGGAAGCUUAAUUGCAUUUGGCAUAGUGGAGCUAACUGCAAGGAAGCAUGAUCAGAGGUCAUGGAGGGAUGAUUCAAGUAGUUUUGUUGUUGUAAACUUCUACGAGGCUGAAUUGGAUCAUUUUUGGAAUUAUGACAGCAACAAAGAUUCCGUACUGCAAGUGAGCAAGAGAGACUAUGUGACCUGCAACACCUCGAGCCCCAUUGCAGAGUACAAGGACGGCAACACUAAGGUGAGACUCGACAAAGCAGGACCAUUCUACUUCAUUAGUGGAGCCGAGGGACACUGCGAGAAGGGACAGAGGCUGAUUGUUGUGGUCAUGUCUGAGAGACAUAGGAGGCACUUGGGAAUUGCUCCGGCACCAUCUCCUGCUGAGUUCCAAGGUCCAGCCAUUGCACCCACUAGCGGUGCCACCAGGUUCCAGGGCGGUUUAGUGGUGGUGACAUUGGUUGUUUUGGCUGGGUUGGGUUUGAUGUGGUGA